AUGGACCCUGUGGGGGCAGCAGAACCCUCAGCGCCCCCGGGCCCUUUGACUCACCUGAACCUGCGGGACAACUUGGAGGCGCGGCCGCGGAGCGGAGCCGACGGGCGGAGCCUCCCGGGCAGCUGGAGCAGGGCAUCCCCGGAGCGCACCACCGUCCUGAGGGAAGGCGUGCGCCGGUGCCUGCAGCAGCAGUGCGAGCAGACGGUGCGGAUCCUGCACGCCAAGGUGGCCCAGAAAUCCUACGGAAAUGAGAAGCGGUUCUUCUGCCCCCCGCCCUGUGUCUACCUCGCAGGUCCUGGCUGGAGGGUGAAGCCAGGGCCGGGCCAAGCCCACCUAGCAGGGGAAACGGGGCCCACUGUCUGCGGCUACAUGGGACUGGACGGCGCAUCCGGCAGCGCCGCCGAGACGCAGAAGUUAAAUUUCGAGGAGCAGCCCGACUCCAGGGAAUUCGGCUGCGCCAAGACCCUGUACAUCUCAGACGCAGACAAGAGGAAGCACUUCAGGCUGGUGCUGCGGCUGGUGCUCCGAGGGGGCCGGGAGCUGGGCACCUUCCACAGCCGCCUCAUCAAGGUCAUCUCGAAGCCCUCCCAGAAGAAGCAGUCGCUGAAAAACACCGACCUGUGCAUAUCCUCGGGCUCCAAGGUCUCCCUCUUCAACCGCCUGCGCUCCCAGACGGUGUCCACGCGCUACCUCUCCGUGGAGGACGGGGCCUUCGUGGCCAGUGCGCGCCAGUGGGCUGCCUUCACCCUGCACCUGGCUGAUGACCACUCUUCCCAGGGGGACUUCCCACCUCGAGAGGGCUACGUCCGCUACGGCUCCCUGGUGCAGCUGGUCUGCACUGUCACGGGCAUCACACUCCCUCCAAUGAUCAUCCGCAAAGUGGCCAAACAGUGUGCACUCCUUGACGUGGACGAGCCCAUCUCCCAACUGCACAAGUGCGCACUCCAGUUUCCUGGGGGCCCUCCUGGGGGCGGCGGCACCUACCUGUGUCUUGCCACAGAGAAGGUGGUGCAAUUCCAGGCCGCCCCCUGCCCCAAGGAGGCCAACAGGGCGCUGCUCAACGACAGCUCCUGCUGGACCAUCAUAGGCACCGAGUCGGUGGAAUUCUCCUUCAGCACCAGCCUGGCGUGCACCCGGGAGCCCGUCACCCCGGUGCCCCUCAUCAGCACCCUCGAGCUCAGUGGCGGGGGUGACGUGGCCACGCUGGAGCUCCACGGGGAGAACUUCCACACGGGGCUCAAGGUGUGGUUCGGGGACGUGGAGGCCGAAACCAUGUACAGGAGCCCGCGGUCCCUGGUGUGCGUGGUGCCGGUGGUUGCCGCCUUCGGCAGCGACUGGCGCUGGCUGCGCACACCCAUCACGGUGGCGGUGAGCCUGGUGCGCGCCGACGGCCUCUUCUACCCCAGCGCCUUCUCCUUCACCUACACCCCCGAGCACAGCGCGCGGCCCGGCCCCCCGGGCGCCCCCCAGCCCGCCGCCCACGCCGACGCCGACGCGCUGCUGGAGAGCAUCCACCGCGAGUUCACGCGCACCAACUUCCACCUCUUCAUCCAGACCUAGGCCCCGGCCCCGCCCUGCCCUCUGCCCAGGGUGCCCCGGA